AUAAUAUUUUUUAAUUAAUUUCGCAAUUUCUUUUUAUUAUAUUUAAAUAAUUUUCAGCAAUUGAAUAACCCGCGGCAACGUAAAUAAAUGUAUUGCAUUUGCAGCAACGACAGUGGCUUUCGUUGGCCGGUAAAGAUUAGCUUUAAUCUUAGGCGGUGUGUUUCUUCUCGGGAGAGAUGAGCCCAAUACAAGGGGAGCAAGAAAACGAGACGCUCGUAGAAGCGGCGCUUCGUGUUCUGAACACGGCGGACCCCUUCGAGAAGGCCCGACUCGGCGACUCAGUUGCCUCCAAAUGGCUCCAAGGAAUCAUCACUCGUCCCUUCGACCCAUCCCAUGACCUUCCGGUACCCGAUCGUCCCGCCAGGCUCACCAACGUUAAGUUGGUGUCACCGAGUUUGAUGCCAAAGCUUGGGAAAGCUGGCAGCUUGCAGAGCAGGCAAGCCAUUGUGCAUAGUCUUGUGCAUACCGAGAGCUGGGCCAUUGACUUGUCUUGGGAUAUAAUUGCCCGUUUUGGUAACCAAGAAUCAAUGCCCAGAGAAUUUUUCAACGAUUUUGUGAGGGUAGCCCAAGAUGAAGGUCGGCACUUCAGCGUCCUUGUAGCUCGACUUGAAGAACUUGGUUCUUCUUAUGGUGCAUUGCCUGCUCAUGAUGGGCUUUGGGACUCUGCUAUUGCUACAUCCAAGGACCUCUUGGCUCGUUUGGCAAUUGAGCACUGUGUCCAUGAGGCAAGGGGACUCGAUGUGCUGCCGACAACCAUCUCUCGGUUCCGUAAUGGAGGUGAUAAUGACACAGCUGAUUUACUGGAGACAGUAGUUUACCCGGAAGAGAUUUCACAUUGUGCUGCUGGAGUGAAGUGGUUUAAGUAUCUUUGCCUGAGAUCCAGAAAUCCAGCUUUGUGUCAAGACAGCCUAGCAUCACAAGAAAGUGAAGCAGGAGGAAGUGAGACUUCGGUGGAGGAAAGUGAAGAGGUGAUUCAGAAGUUUCAUGCCAUAGUAAGGACACACUUUAGGGGACCAUUGAAGCCACCCUUUAAUGAGAAAGCAAGGAAAGCUGCAGGGUUUGGCCCUCAGUGGUAUGAGCCACUUGCUGUGAAAGGCUCUGCCUCGGUAUUCUAGCACUGAAUGUUUACGAAUUGGGUAAGCAGUGUUCGUCAUAUUUGUAUUCAUUAGCUUGUGAGCUCCUACAGAACUUAGCAAUCCCCAACCAAGCCAUAUGGUGCCUACAUGGCUCUGUUAAUUAAGGCAGCCGUCAGAUGCCAAAUGUCUGUUAUCAAAUUUUUUUUCUUUAAUUUUUGACCAAUAUCUCUGAAAUAUUCAAAAUUUUGAUGAUGAUUAGAAACAAUUGUACAAGGACUUUAACCGUUUUGAUGUUUCCAUAGUGUUCACAUUCCACUUUUCUUGAUUGAAGUUGACUGUAUGACUACCAUGGGUGUGAAAGAAAGA